AGUGUGAUGGAGUGCGGAUUCCAUCUGAUGCAACCACGAGUAAUACGGGAAAUGGCGGAAUGAGAAGUGCUGCGAAGAGAUUGCAUGAAGGAAAACGUCUAUGCCCAAUUAUUCAACGUAAUUUAGCGAUAUCUGUUUGUAGUUUACAGAAGGAAAUGGCGAAAUCAGUAGGAGAAAGCUAUAAUUUUCCAAAAGAGGAAGAGAAAAUUAUUGAACUUUGGAAAAAAAUUGAUGCAUUUCAAACAUCCUUAAAAUUGUCAGAAGGAAGACCAAGGUUCUCAUUUUAUGAUGGUCCUCCAUUUGCUACUGGCCUUCCACAUUAUGGUCAUAUAUUAGCAGGCACUAUAAAGGAUGUUGUAACACGUUAUGCUCAUCAAUCUGGCUUUCAUGUAGAACGUCGGUUUGGUUGGGAUUGUCAUGGUCUUCCUGUGGAAUACGAAAUCGAUCAAAAAUUAGGUAUUAAGGGCCCAGAUGAUGUAGCAAAGAUUGGUAUUGCUGCGUAUAAUAAGGAGUGCCGAGCCAUUGUUUCUAGAUAUGCAAAAGAAUGGGAGAUUAUUGUGGGAAGAAUUGGACGAUGGAUUGAUUUUGAGCAUGACUAUAAAACUAUGUAUCCAUCUUUUAUGGAGUCUGUAUGGUGGGUGUUCAAACAACUUCAUGAAAAAGAUAUGGUGUACAGAGGGUUUAGAGUCAUGCCAUAUUCCACAAAAUGCAACACACCACUAUCAAAUUUUGAAGCAAAUUUAAAUUACAAAGAUGUGGUUGAUCCUGCAGUAAUUGUCAGUUUUCCUUUGGACGAGUCACCUAAUGUCAGUAUGAUUGCAUGGACAACAACACCAUGGACUUUACCAAGUAAUUUAGCAUUGGUUGUCAAUCCAGAAUUAACAUAUGUUAAAGUUAAAGAUAAUUCAAGUGAAAAAGUUUAUAUUAUGAUGGAAGCACGAUUGAGUGCAUUGUUUAAAACUGAAGAUCAAUACACAGUGUUGGAGAAAUUCGCUGGAAAAACACUUGCUGGAAAAACAUAUAAGCCACUGUUUCCUUAUUUCGAGAAGAUGAAAUCAUCCAAUAAUGCAUUUCGAGUAUUGACAGAUGGUUAUGUUACUGAUGAUAGUGGUACUGGUAUCGUCCAUUCAGCGCCAGCUUUUGGAGAAGAUGAUUACCGGGUGUGUUUAGGAAAUGGCAUUUUAGAACGUGGUGGAAAACUACCUUGUCCGGUAAAUUCAUCAGGACAUUUUACAGAUGAAGUUUUUGAUUUUAAAGAUAUGCAUGUGAAGGAUGCAGAUAAAUUAAUUUCUAAAAAGAUUAAAGAAGGUGGAAGGAUGGUUCAUCAAGGAACCAUCAAGCAUAGUUAUCCAUUCUGCUGGAGAUCAGAUACUCCACUAAUUUAUAAGGCUGUACCUGGCUGGUUUAUAAGGGUAGAAAAUAUGGUACCAGACCUCCUGAAGAAUAACGAGAAUUGCUACUGGGUUCCAAGCUUUGUGAAGGAAAAAAGAUUUCAUAAUUGGUUAGAAAAUGCUAGGGAUUGGAAUGUGUCGAGAAAUCGUUAUUGGGGUACACCCAUUCCAUUAUGGGUUAGUGAUGAUUUUGAAGAGGUUGUUUGUGUUGGAUCUGUAGAGGAGUUACAUAAACUUUCUGGUGUCAAAGUUGAUGACUUGCAUAAAGAAUUUGUUGACAAUAUAACAAUUCCCUCACAAAAAGGUAAAGGGACGUUAAAACGAGUUACAGAAGUGUUCGAUUGUUGGUUUGAAAGUGGGAGCAUGCCUUACGCUCAAAACCAUUAUCCAUUUGAAAACAAAGAGGUAUUUGAACAAACGUUUCCAGCAGAUUUUAUCGCUGAGGGUGUUGAUCAAACUAGAGGAUGGUUCUACACGCUGUUGGUGUUAUCAACUGCGUUGUUUAAUAAGCCUCCUUACAAGAAUUUGAUCGUCAAUGGACUGGUUCUUGCAAAAGACGGUGAAAAAAUGAGCAAGAGGAAGAAGAAUUAUCCUGACCCUAUGAGUGUUAUAAAUAAAUAUGGCUCAGAUGCAUUGAGGUUGUAUUUGAUCAAUUCGCCUGUUGUAAGAGCAGACACGUUAAAAUUUCGCGAAGAAGGUGUUCGUGACGUUAUCAAGGAUGUGUUUUUACCCUGGUACAAUGCCUACAGAUUUCUCGUUCAAAAUAUAGAUGUACAAGAAAAGGAACAUGGUUCAAAGUUCAAGUUUAAUAUGGCUGAAGUGAAAUCAUCUGGGAAUAUUAUGGACAAAUGGAUUGAGUCAUUCACUCAGAGCUUGCUGGUCUUUAUUAAACAAGAGAUGGCAGCUUACCGUUUGUACACUGUUGUUCCACGGUUAAUGAAAUUUGUUGAUAACUUGACAAAUUGGUACGUCCGCUUCAACAGAAAAAGAUUGAAGGGCGAUACAGGAGCUGAGGAUGGAGGGCAUGCGUUGAACACACUGUUUAACGUUGUUUUUACAAUGGUAAAAGUGAUGGCGCCAUACACACCAUUCCUUACUGAGCAUAUGUAUCAAAACUUAAAGAAUUAUAUUGUAGAUGAAGGUUUAAGUGAAGUGGAAAAGGGCAGCGUUCAUUUUAUGAUGCUUCCGCAACCAAGAGAAGAUUUAAUUUAUGUGGAUGUAGAGACCGCGGUUAGCCGUAUGCAGACUGUGAUUGAACUUGGAAGAGUGGCGCGUGAUAGGAAAAAGUUAUCACUAAAGUAUCCUUUACCAGAGUUGGUUAUUUUACAUAACGAUGAAAAAUACAUGGAAGAUGUUUUAUCUUUAGAGAAAUAUAUUCUUGAGGAAUUAAAUGUAAAAACAGUCACGACGUCAAAAAAUAAAGAGAAAUAUGGUCUUAAGUUAAAAGCAGAUUUAGAUUUCCGAAGUGUGGGCAGACGAUUGAAGCAGGAUUUUAAAAAAGUGCAAGAUGCUAUUAAAUCUGUUCCGGAAGGAGAUUUAAAAGCAUUCCAACAUACAGGAAAGUUAACUGUAGCUGGACACGAACUUACUGAGGAAGAUGUAACUGUAAACUAUGCAUUUGGAGAUAAUCCAGUGUUGUCAGAAAAAUACGAAGCGCAUUCAGAUGGAGAAGUUGUUAUUUUGUUAAACACUACGCCUGAUAAAUCUAUGUUGGAUGAAGGAUAUGCACGAGAACUCAUUAACAGAAUGCAAAAACUGAGAAAAAAGGCGAAGCUUGUACCGACAGAAGAAAUUACAAUUGUAUACGAAGUAUUGGAGGGCAAAGACAGUGAAGAAUAUAAAAAACUUUGUGAAGUUUCGAAGUCCCAUGCAGAUUUUAUCGUUGAAAGUGUCAAGCAACCAGUUGUUGUUGCACCAGGUCCUCAAGGACUCGAAGAAAUUAUACAAGAAACAGUCGAGUGUAAAAGAGCAGAAUUGCGUCUCACCAUCCUACGUGGUCGUGCGAGUGAAUCAAACCAGAAUACUCCACAACCUUUCUGCAGGUUCAUUAAUUUAGAGUUGAAAAACAUUAAGCCUUGUUUAGGCGUUAAAGGUUGCAGAGGAAGUUUACUACUGGAGAAUCCAAAAGGAGAUUUCCUGUUAUCUAAAAAUGAGUUGAAUAGACAGGUUGCAAUUAUAUUUGGAUUACAAGGACAGAGUUUUGUCGUUUCGGAUAAGGAUGAUUUAAGCACAGAAUUGGAAGAACCAUUAACGAAGUAUUGUGGUAAAUUACUUUACGUUGGCAAGCGAACUUAAUGAUGGCGGUGGCGAAAUAGAAUGACGUAAUGAUUGCGAUGGAACGAAUUAGACUUUAUAUACUAUUUAUUUUAUUAACAGUAGAAUUACAAAUUUAUUGUUUCAAACUUUAUAAGACCGUUCGCUAUCAAUCUUAUAAUCGGAAGAAAACUCUUGGUGAUCUGCUUUUUAUAAGUAAUGUUUAAAAUUGUGAUAGCUUUAUAGCUUGUGUCAUCAGUCAUGUUUUUAAAUAUGGAGAUGAUUAUAUAAUAGAUCCGUGGAAAUGUUUUUUAUGUUAUCAGUUUGUUUUUAGGAUUAAAAUUUAACGGGAAAUGACUUCUGUCCGUAUUUUCGUAAAGGUCUAGUGCCACAAGUUAUCUCGGGUUAUUUAACUGGAAAUAUUUUGCAGGUAUUUGAUUUCGCCGAUCUGCAUUAAAGUGGUAAAGAGAUCUGUCGUUCUUUCUCUAAAUUCGCUGUUUUUUACGUUGCUACGAAUAAAAUUGCGUUUAUAAAAUACCAUCGGGACACAUUUAAAACAUAUCGGUCUUCAUUUUCAUAAGUAAACAAGAAGGUUUAACGAUUGUAUGUAUGGCAUUCUAAUGGCAACCUAUAAAUUGCUCACCAGA